AUGGAUUGUUUUCUUCAAUUCAUUAAUCUUAUAAGAAGUUGACUAAAGACUUUCUGAGAAGUGGUUCAUUUAGUCCAUCGUCUCAUAUGCAUAACUUGCAUUUAAAAAAUAAAAUCAAAAAGCUCUCUGUUGGACAGUAAGGAGAACAAUGGAGGGACAUUGUGUCAUCAUUGCCACCUUUUUCCUGAUACUUCAUAUUGCUCGAGCUCAAGAUCCAACUGGAUUCAUUAGUGUGGAUUGUGGUUCUCGUGACCCUCCAUACAAUGAAGCCAAAACUGGUUUAACAUAUACAUCAGAUGCCGAUUUAGUCAACAAUGGGAAAACCGGUAGAAUCGCUAAGGAAUUCGAAGCGCUCGCCGAUAAGCCGACUUUGACACUAAGAUAUUUUCCAGAUGGAGUACGGAACUGCUACAAUCUAAAUGUCACCCGCGACACCAACUAUCUGAUAAAGGCAACAUUCGUAUAUGGAAAUUACGAUGGUCUUAAUGUUGGGCCAAAUUUCGACCUUUACUUGGGUCCAAAUUUGUGGACAACGGUGAGUACUAAUGACGCUAUAGAGGAGAUCAUCCAUGUGACCAAAUCCAAUUCUUUACAGGUGUGUCUUGUUAAGACUGGAAUAAGUAUACCUUUUAUAAAUGUUUUGGAGCUACGACCAAUGAAGAAAAAUAUGUAUGUUACUCAAGGCGGUUCACUGAAGUACUUAUUCAGGGUGUACAUUAGCAAUUCAAGUAGUCGUAUAAGGUACCCGGAUGAUGUCUAUGAUCGUAAAUGGUACCCGCUCUUCCAAAACUCAUGGACACAAGUAACUACGACUCUCAAUGUAAACACAAGUAUUACUUAUGAACUACCACAAGGUGUAAUGGCAAGAGCUGCAACGCCCCUAAAAGCUAACGAGACCUUGAACAUUACAUGGACCGUAGAGCCUCCUACAACACAGUUUUACUCCUACAUGCACUUUGCCGAGCUUCAGACUUUAAGGGCCAAUGAUACAAGGGAACUCAAUGUGACGCUGAAUGGAAAAUAUACAUAUGGACCUUAUAGUCCUAAACCACUAAAAACCGAAACCGUAUUUGACUUAAGCCCGGAGCAAUGCGACGGAGGGACAUGCAUUUUGCAGGUUGUGAAGACGCUGAAAUCUACCCUUCCACCUUUACUUAAUGCUAUGGAGGCUUUCACCGUGAUUGAUUUCCCGCAAAUGGAGACUAAUGCCGAUGAUGUUUCUGGUAUCAAGAAUGUUCAAGAUUCUUACGGAUUGAGUAGAAUCAGUUGGCAAGGAGAUCCAUGUGUCCCCAAAAUGUUUUUGUGGGAUGGUCUAAAUUGCAACAACUCGGAUAAUUCUACACCACCAAUAAUCACUUCCUUAGACUUAUCUUCAAGUGGACUAACUGGGAUCAUCACCCAAGCCAUUCAGAAUCUAACUCAUCUGCAAGAACUGGACUUGUCAGAUAAUCAUUUGACUGGAGAAGUACCUGAGUUUUUAGCUGACAUAAAAUCACUCUUGGUCAUAAACUUAAGUGGUAAUAAUCUCAGUGGCUCAAUUCCUCGCUCACUUCUUCAGAAGAAAGGAAUGAAGUUAAAUGUCGAAGGCAACCGUCAUCUUGUUUGCACAACUGGUUCAUGUGUGAACAAAGGAGAUGAUGGACAUAAGAAAAAGAGUGUCGUAGUGCCAGUUAUUGCAUCAAUUGCUUCAAUAGCUGUCCUUAUAGGUGCAUUGGUUCUGUUUUUCAUUCUUAGAAAGAAAAGGACACCAAAAAUUGAAGGUUCAGAUGGUAGAUCGCCUAGAUCAUCUGCACCAGCAAUAGUGACAAAAAAUAGAAGGUUUACUUACUCACAAGUUGGGAUAAUGACAAAUAACUUCGAAAGAAUCCUUGGGAAAGGAGGGUUUGGAAUCGUUUAUCAUGGUUUUGUCAAUGGCACUGAACAAGUAGCUGUUAAGUUACUUUCCCAUUCAUCAUCUCAAGGAUAUAAACAAUUCAAAGCUGAGGUAGAACUUCUUCUUAGAGUUCAUCACAAGAACUUGGUUGGUCUGGUUGGGUACUGCGACGAAGGAGAAAACUUGGCACUUAUCUAUGAAUACAUGGCCAAUGGAGAUCUAAAAGAACAAAUGUCAGGAACACGUAACCGCUUUAUCUUAAAUUGGGGAACAAGACUAAAAAUAGUUGUCGAGUCUGCACAAGGACUCGAGUACUUGCAUAAUGGAUGUAAACCACCAAUGGUUCAUAGAGAUGUUAAAACCACAAAUAUAUUGUUAAAUGAGCAAUUCCAGGCCAAACUUGCUGAUUUUGGGCUUUCGAGAUCAUUCCCAAUGGAAGGUGAAACUCAUGUGUCAACCGUUGUUGUUGGAACUCCUGGAUAUCUUGAUCCUGAAUACUAUAGAACAAAUUGGUUGACAGAAAAGAGUGAUGUUUAUAGUUUUGGUAUUGUAUUAUUGGAGAUUAUCACAAACCGACCCGUGAUCGACCAAAGUCGCGAAAAGCCACAUAUAGCAGAAUGGGUAGGAGUAAUGCUUACAAAAGGAGACAUCAACAGCAUCAUGGAUCCUAGUUUAAAUGAAGAUUAUGAUUCUGGCUCUGUUUGGAAAGCUGUUGAGCUAGCCAUGACUUGUCUAAAUCCUUCUUCAUCAAGAAGACCAACCAUGUCCCAAGUUGUUAUUGAAUUAAACGAGUGUCUCGCAUCUGAAAAUUCAAGGGGAGGAGCGAGUCGGGAUAUGGACUCUAAGAGUUCUGUAGAAGUGAGUUUGACCUUUGAUACCGAACUGAGCCCAAUGGCUCGCUAGAUAAUUUACAUAAAAUAAUUUUCUCGUUCUGUCACAUGGAUUUUUUUNUUUUUUUUU